AUGCAGGAUGUGCCCGGUUCCUCCUCCAUUGAUCCAAACACGGAUUUGCGAAUCGACACUGCUGUGCUCGGUAAAAAGCAUCGAGUGCUAGAAUCCAAUUCAGUCCCAUCAUUUGAUGAGCCAAUCUACGAUAUCGUCCCGUUGUCGGAUGACUCGUCCACGGACGAGCUGGUGGAUACAAAUGAGAAAUUCCUUCAACGAUCCGAACCGGCAAUUGCCACAGCUCCGGUCACCGUAGUGUCUGCACAACGUCCUUCACUCGGAUCGCUUCUCACGGAGGAUCGAUGCUUCAAACCGGUGCAUUUACCGUCCGCCGAAGAGGUCUCAUUGGAUUCGAUCAAUUCAUUUGAGGAUACUAACAAUAGUAAUAAUACUAACGCAUCCGGUAAUCCAGCUCAAACUGACACGAUCAGUUUAAACGGUGGUCAACCCAUCGAACGUCCCAGUACAAUCCGUCUGGAUCAGACCAGUCUUUCACCCCGACUCAUGCCCAAACAGGUGACCACAGCUAGUGUUGUCCUGAUCACGCCGUCUUCGCCGACCAAAACAAUGGAGUCGCCCACAAUCAACAUUCGCCCGAUUCCCGCCACUAUUCGAUUGGACACAAAUGUACGUUCUGUUAUCCCAUCACCUAUAGUCUCCUCUGUUUGA